AUGGAGAGACAGCCAAAACGAGAGCGUAGCAGAGUUGCGCAGCGCGAGUAUCGGAAGAGACAUGCGUCCAAGUUUAAUACCUUGAAGGAUGAGAACCAAAGGUUGAGGAACGCUCUCAAGAGGAUAGAGAAGCUCGCUCAGAAACGUGGUGGAAAAGAUCAGGAACUCGAGACUGCACUUUCAGAAGCGAGAGAAACCAUCGGAGAGGAAGCCGAAGAUUUCAAUGUCCAAACAUCCACUUCCAGCUCUUCGGAGACUUCGGAUCCGAUCACCGCUGAGAGAUCCUCGUACAUCUCAGGACUACUGUCCUCUGACAUCCACUUGCAUACACAAGCACUCGACAAAACCACCACCCCUCGGCUAAGUCUGGAACAGCAAUUAUGGACCUCAACAGAUCGCUUAGCUCGCAUCUUUGAAGCCCCAUCAGAUGCCCGCAGAUACCUCGGUGAUGGUCUCUACACCUUCGCGGGAACUCUGUACUGGGCAUGCACUCGCAACACAGUAUCGCUAUGGGAGACUUACAAGCUCAACAUGCUUGGAAGACCUGGCCCGCCCGACAUGAACCCCAUGGACAGACUCUUCAACCACACCAAACAUCUCAACGACCGAAGAUUCAUGCUCUCUUUGGCAUUGGCUCGGCUUGAGUACAAGCACAAAGGUUUCAUCGAAGCACCCCACUCCGGAACAGAAAUGAUCUACAGAUCCGUGCUUCCCGACCUGCGCAAGAGGAUGGACAGGGAGCUCGCCGAUAAAGGACAGGGGCCGGAAUGGUGGAAGACGCCGCGAGAGGUUGAGCAACACUUAAUGAAGUAUCUCGAGCCAUCCGAAGUUGAUGAGCUUCAAGCUUUAAUUGAGGGACGAGGAUCGGAAGCUGUUUUGGAAAAGUAUAGUCCCCUGGUUGAGAUGAUGAUUGCGGAAUUCGUUUGCUUUGCUGACGGACCACGAUGGAAUCUUUUGCAUGUUGCCAUGGCUGUUGGAAGUUGGCGGAAUGAUCAUCCCAGACCUUCAGAGAUGGGAGUAGUUAAUUCGGUGGAAGGCAUUGGAGUUUAA